AUGCUGAUAGAUGCCACAACUUAUCCUUCACUUCACUCUGAACUGGGUCUGUCCUCUGGUCAACCUGCUCAGCCGGAGUCACAGAAGGAGCAGCAAUGUUCAACCACACUCAUCCGUACCAGCGAGGACCUCCGGAGGGAGAAACUGAGUGAUAGAGAUAUUUACCCUGUGGCCAAGAAUUCCAUGAGCAACCGUGUGGCCCUGCUCAUCACUAAUAUAAAGUUUACUGAUGAGAAAUUACACAGAAAAGGAGCUGAGAAGGAUGAGGCAAACAUGGAUAAACUGCUCACAGAUCUGGGAUACGAGGUGGUGAAACACACAAACCUCACAGGAAAGGCAAUCGAUGAUGCUUUAAAUGAGUUCUCCAAACAUCCGAAACUCAAAGAGACGGACAGUGUGUUGGUGGUUAUCAUGUCACACGGGAAACUGGGAACUGUCCUCGGUGUCAACUGGAAAAAGAAGAUAUCUGAUAAUGAAAUACCAGAUGAGUUCCCCAUCGACAACAUUUACAAACACUUGGGCCCAGAGAAAUGUCCAGCGCUGCUGAACAAACCCAAGAUCAUCAUCAUCCAGGCCUGCAGAGGAGGGGGGGAAGGAUCAGUGCUGGUUACAGAUGGUGCAAACCCAGCUGUGGUCUCUGAUACUGCUGGUGAAGGAAACAUUGAGGAUGAUGGUUUGCGAUUUGUAAACAAAGAAAAAGACUUCAUUUCUCUUCUUUCCUGCACCCCGGAUACUGUCUCAUAUAGACAUUCGGGUCAUGGGUCUUUUCUCAUCCAGUUUGUUGUUGAGGUAUUUAACACCUUCGCACAAAAGGAAGACAUUGAGGAACUUUUCAGAAAAGUCAUGCAACGCUUUGAAGAUUUUUCAAUUCCAGCCAAAAGACAGAUGCCGACCAAAGACAGAUGCACUCUGACAAAGCGCUUCUACUUCUUUCCAGGCCUCUGAGGCAGGAUUCACUUCUGUUUAACACAGACUUGUAGCCACAUUUACUACAUUUGAAAUUAUGUGUGCAAUUGAGAUACUAUGUGAAUAGAUAAAACAUAUUAAUGAUUUACUGAAUGGGCCAAUCGGUCACAGGCCUGGGGACCAAAGGACAGAGAAAAGAGAUGCAAAACAGUUUCAAAGAGAUAUAAACUGACUUCAAAGAGACGCAAAAAAACCCAACAAAGACACAAAACUGUUAGCUGAGCGUGGAUCAGUACUUGUUCGGGAUGAUGCACAACCAGCUGUGGUCUGUGAUGAUGUGAAACAGCCAGGUUCAUCUGUUGGUGAGGAAAACAUCGAGUGAUGCGAUACGAUGUGGACACAAAGAAAAUAAUUAAUUUCUCUUUCCAGAUUUUAUUCUAUCGCUCAAACUGUAACAUUGAAGAAAGCAUAACACUUAAGAAAAGCUUCCUUAUAGUGAAUUACUAUAUUUUCUGUUCAUGGUUUUCCUACAGACACAGCCUUCUAUAGACAAAUGGGACUUUUCUUAUCCAGUAUGUUGUAGAAGUAUUUCGCAUCUGCUGAAAUUUGCAAGCAAAAGGACACUUUCUAAUAAUUGAACACUUAUUAUGAUCCAAUUACUAAAUGCAGUGGUGCAACAAUACUACAAAGCACAUUAUUAUAUUACCCCACUUUGCUUUAUGAUGAACUUAUACAUGGAAAGAUAACACUGAACUGAACUUUGUUUUACUGUAUAUGUUGAGCCGAAAGCUCAGCUGAGGGCAGUAGAAAGUACAAUUGUUCAAGUAGUAUCCAGUUUUAUGGGAUAAUAAAAUGUAAUGUUUAAUCUCAGAGGGUGUGAGACUAUAAGAGGAAGUAAAUGUUCUGUGUGCUUUGACAGUGAGGAAAGGGGAACUUCAGAGUCAAGACAAGAGUAAUGAAAAGAGCGACAAAGGGGCAUAGUUGCCCAGCUAAAAUGGGAAGCAAAUCCUUACAUUAUAGGGAAAGCAAUAUCAGAUCCAUGUACAAAGAUGACUGAUGAACACUGAGUUCAUGAGCUGCACAAAAACUUGCGAUUAGGGACAUUAGAAACUGUGAGAAAUAAAUAUGUUUCUGUCAUCAAAGGUUUACUCAUGUAGCGCUAAUGUGGGAUGUCCAAACAGAUACAGGAGAAAAUGCAUUAGCCUUAAAAUUUAGAGAAAUAGAAUUCCUACCAAUGGUGAAAGAAGAAAUCACACCCAUCAAAGCAAAUAAAUUGGUGCAAUUUAUCUCCUGAGGGAGAUAAUCAGCCUUCAAAAUAUAAAAAACAUUUUGGCUGAAGUCCAAUACAACAUAAUGUCCAGGUUCAACGCUUUCACUGAACUCUGGCGCUAAACAAAGUAAAUAGACAGCUACUGGAGGGUAAGGAUUGCCUUGUCUUUAGAAGGAAGUACUCCUCUUUUUGUGUUUGAGGUUCUGUGACUUUAACUUGUGUCACAAGUUGUUUCACAUUUCCUAAAUCUCUACAGCGGUGGUGAUGUGUGCAAGUUAUUAUGACUCACAGUCAGAACGCCGACAGUUAUGAGAAAAAACAAGUUGAAUUUCUCUUUCAUGGACUUCCUGUCUCUGAAUGCACUUGUGCAAAACAACGCAAAAACAAAUGUGAUUUUUCAGACAAACUUUACUAAGAAAACUAAACAAAAACAAACUCAAAAUUUAACAAUCAAAACCAUGUCAUCACAUUACAACACAAAGGCAACAAGUUGAGUAGGCAACAUGGCAACAUGGUUGCAGUCUGUGCACGUCUGAUGUGUCACCAGAAAACAGAAAUGAGUCUUUUACAAGCUACUUUCAGUUCAUGCUGAUGCUUUCACUGACUCAUGUUUACUCAUAAAAAAAAAAAACAGUGAAGCAGCUUGACAGAAGGAUAUGUUCCGAUUAUAAAAAUACAUAAAACAACAAGUAUGUGUCACUUACAGACCAGAAUUAUCAAUUCAAACUAGACUAUUUCAACAGCUUAUUUGAACAUACCGGCAGUGUUAGAGAGCUUUAUAUCAGUUUACACUUCAUACAAAACAAAGACACAGGUGGCUAAUACCACGCAUUCAUGUUCUCAUCCCACGACUCGCACACAGCAUGUUGAAAUAUGAAGCUACAAAUGAACACACGCAUAUCCUCUUUCACAUUCACACGCUCAACAUGGAGCAACGGUUAGAAAUGCUGCACACUGGUAAGGCCAGAUGAAGUUAAGUACAGUAGCACUGUGUCCGUCAACCACAAGAAGUGACGUUUGAAAAGUUUGGCAGUGUGAUGAAUACGAGCAAAAUAUUCAACAUUUCUUCUUUCCCUUUUGUGAAAGAAAACAAAACACCAAUUUACAUGUGAACUAAACCAUGCCGGGCUUUUGUAGGGAGGUGGAGGACAUUACAGAGAGAACUUAAAAAUAAAAGAAUAAGUAAUUAAAAUGUAAAUAGAUAACUUGGCUUUUAAAAACACUGCAGAUUAGUGGCCUGUACAACACAAAAUAGACAUUACAAUUGAAUAUGUGUCAUAUUUGGAAGCUGGACUGUAUUAGUAUAGUGUUACAUUUCAUAUAUUAACUUUUUUUCAUUCAGGAAUUCACUUUUGGAAACAUCAUAUCGUUGACAACACUCAACAGUCAGAUAAACAGAUCGCAGCACCACACAUUUACAAAAUAGCAACUCAUGCGAAAACACCUCUAGCCAUGUGUCGUACAGUAUGUGACGCACCUAGCGUCACACAUGUAAUGGAUUGCAUUCAUGAAAACAGAAAAUGUGAAACUGUCGUGUUUUUGCUCCGUUGUGUGUGUGUGUGUGUGUGACAUGUAUUGUGACUGUGGUUGAGGUUUAGGCCAGCGUUCCCCCAACUAUGGAAGCAAUGACAAUUCCCAGUACCACACAGCAUAUAAUAAUCAUAAUUUUCUUCUGUCAAGUGUUAACAACAACAGAUAAACAGUCAUCCAUGGCAGCAAAUUGGGAGCAGAGAAAAACAUGUUAGAGAUAUGACUUGUAAUUUACUUUAACACAUGUUGCAAUAUUUGUAAUAAUCAGAACAAAUUGCAGUUUACAAGAAAAGCAGAAAAAGGCAAUGUAGCUGGGAGAAAGACUAUUUGUUUUUAAUGUAUCUAAUGAUGUUGUCGGAGUGUGACUGGUUUAGAAGCAUUUCCACAUCCUCUACUUUAAAAACUAUAAAUCGUUUGUUCCUGUAUUUUCGUCAUUCAUUAAUACAUUAAAUAACAUACAGUAUUUUCCCACAUGCCACAAAUGUGAAUCAUUCUCAUAUUUAACAUAUAUUCACAGGUUUUGGAUUAUCAAUUAACAUAAC